GAUGGCGGCGGCGGGCCGGUGGCGGGCCGGGCUGGCCCUGCUGGCCGUGCUGCUGGGGCUCGGCGGGACGGCGGCCGAGCAGACCGAGGAGCACCUGAAACGCGAGCACUCGCUGUCCAAGCCGUACCAGGGUGUGGGCUCGGCCAGCUCGGGGCUCUGGGACCUGCUGGGCAACGCCAUGGUCAUGACCCAGUUCAUCCGCCUCACCCCCGACGUGCAGAGCAAGCAGGGAGCCGUGUGGAACCGGGUGCCCUGCUACCUGCGGGACUGGGAGAUGCAGGUGCACUUCAAGAUCCACGGGCAGGGCAAGAAGAACCUCAACGGAGAUGGAUUCGCCAUCUGGUACACCAAGGACAGGAUGCAGCCGGGACCCGUUUUUGGGAGCAAGGACAACUUCCUGGGGCUGGGGGUGUUCGUGGACACGUACCCCAACGAGGAGAAGCAGCAGGAGGCUCAGAAGAGGAGGUACAGCCCUGGAAACCAGCGCGUGUUCCCCUACAUCUCGGCCAUGGUGAACAACGGCUCGCUGACCUACGACCACGACCGCGACGGGCGCCCCACUGAGCUGGGCGGCUGCACCGCCAUGGUGCGCAACCUGCACCACGACACCUUCCUGGUCAUCCGCUACGUCAAGAGGAGACUCACGGUGCUGAUCGACAUCGACGGCAAGCACGAGUGGCGGGACUGCAUCGACGUGCCCGGCGUGCGCCUGCCCCGGGGCUACUACUUUGGGACAUCCUCGGUCACUGGAGACCUCUCAGACAACCACGACAUCAUCUCGCUGAAGCUGUACCAGCUGACGGUGGAGCGGACGCCGGAGGAGGAGAAACGGGACCGGGAGGUUUUCCUGCCCGUGGUGGACAACCUGAGGCUGCCGGGAAUGGAGGCACCCCUGGAGCCCAUGAGUGGCCUGGCCUUGUUCCUCAUCGUCUUCUUCUCGCUGGUGGCCCUCGUCUUCGCCAUCGUCAUCGGCAUCAUCCUCUACAACAAGUGGCAGGAGCAGAGCCGCAAGCACUUCUACUGACCCCAAACCCCUGGGGGGGCCACAUCCCCAUUGCCAGCUGUGCCAGGGACCCCCAAAUCCCUGGCAUGGGCACAGUGCCAACCCAACUGAGGGGUGCAGAGACUUCCCAGUGCCACCAUCCAGCUGUGGCCACCAGAAUGAGCCCCCCAGGACCGGGACGAGCCCCUCUGGGUGCUGCUGCUGCUGCUUUUCCCAGCUGGAUGAACUGGAAGCGCCCCCUCCUCAAUUUUGGGGGGUCCCCUCCCCGUUUCCCAGCAUGUGGCCACCCCUGCAUGUCGUGUCCUGGGGCCACUCCUACCUCAGGCACUGCCACCCACAGCGGGUGCCCGUGGGCACUCGGGGGUUGGCAUCGCCCUCCUGGCCAGGAUCCACCAGGAUGCCAACCCUGAACCUGUCCAGGUGG